AUGGGCGCGACGCAAGUCAUGAGGGACGGAUCCAUCGUCGACGCGUCGGGAUACCAGGUCAUGCCGAGUGAAGACCCUUACGGCGGCGGGUCGUACAGUGCAGGGGAUCUGAGAGGGUGGCCCAACGGCACGAUCGUUGGCAGCGGUGGCGCCGUGCUGAACGUCGGCGGCCCGCUCACCAUCACAGCGAACGGGAUCGAAUUCGCGCCGCAGGCUGCUCCGGCCGUGCCUGGCGCCAGCGUCGCGCUGAACCUCCCCACCCGCAGCCUGUCGCUCAGCGGCAAAGUUUUCGUUUCUCUCGAAUGCUUCCUGUUUGCCCUCCUGUUUGCCUUCCUGUUUGCCUUCCUGUUUGCCUUCCUGUUUGCCCUCCUGUUUGCCUUCCUGUUUGCCUUCCUGUUUGCCUUCCUGUUUGCCCUCCUGUUUGCCCUCCUGUUCGGUACAUCGCUUUGUGAUUCCGCUGCACAUUUCCGCAUUUCUCCGAUCCUCCUUUUCUCCUACCCUCGUUUCCCAAUUUUCAGGUGGGCUGUUCCGGCCUGA